AUGUCCGCUGAACAAGUCAAGACUCAUCCCGCUGUUCAACAGCUCUCCACCCAAGCUUCCUACUACGUCGCCCAGCUCGAUAAGGAGCUUAACAAGUACCCCGUCCUCCUGAACCUCGAGCAACGCACUCAGGUCCCCAAGGCUUAUGGUGUUAUCGGCGCCGCUGGUCUCAUCACACUCCUGAUUUUCAUCAACGCCUUUGCUUCCCCCGUCUCCAACCUCAUCGGAUGGGCUCUCCCCGCUUACCUCUCGCUCAAAGCCAUCGAGUCUCCCCAAGCUGAGGAUGACAUCCAAUGGCUCACCUAUUGGACUGUCUUUGGAUUCUUCAACUUCCUUGAGUCCUUUGCCCUGCGCAUGGUCCUCUACUACUUCCCCUUCUACUACAUCUUCAAGACCGCGUUUGUCCUCUGGCUCCAGCUUCCCGCUACCCGUGGCGCCCGCGUCCUCCACCAGUCCGUCCUCCGCCCCGUGGUUGCCCCCUACAUCACGACUGGACCCGCUCCCGCCGACUCUCUCCGCACCAAGGUCAACGACAGCCUCUAA